AUGAGUCUGUGGGAUCCUGAAGACAGUCCCAGCUGCCACGUUACCCCCAGGUCAGCCCAGGAGCCCCCCGAGGAGGAGGCCUCUGCUGCCGAGCUGCAGAUGAAGGUGGACUUCUUCCGGAAGCUGGGCUACUCCUCCGGGGAGAUCCACAGCGUCCUGCAGAAGCUGGGCGUCCACGCCGACACCAACACCGUGCUGGGCGAGCUGGUGAAGCACGGGUCGGCCGCGGAGCGGGAGCGCCAGGCCUCGCCGGACCCCUGUCCUCAGCCUCCUCUGGUCCCCCGGGGUGGGGGCCCCGCCAAGGCUCCCACGCUGGAGCCCUCGUCCCUGGAGGAGGACAAGGAGGGCAGCGACCUGAGGCCCGUGGUCAUCGACGGGAGCAAUGUGGCCAUGAGCCACGGGAACAAGGAGGUGUUCUCCUGCCGGGGCAUAAUGCUGGCCGUGAACUGGUUCCUGGAGCGGGGCCACACGGACAUCACCGUGUUCGUGCCGUCCUGGAGGAAGGAGCAGCCCCGGCCCGACGUGCCCAUCGCGGACCAGCACAUCCUGCGGGAGCUGGAGAAGAAGAAGAUCCUGGUGUUCACGCCGUCGCGGCGCGUGGGCGGCAAGCGAGUGGUGUGCUAUGACGACCGCUUCAUCGUGAAGCUGGCCUUCGAGUCGGACGGCGUGGUGGUUUCCAACGACACGUACCGGGACCUCCAGAGCGAGCGGCAGGAGUGGAAGCGCUUCAUCGAGGAGCGGCUGCUCAUGUACUCCUUCGUCAACGACAAGUUCAUGCCCCCCGAUGACCCCUUGGGCCGUCACGGGCCAAGCCUGGACAACUUCCUGCGUAAGAAGCCACUCACAGCUGAUCACAGGAAGCAGCGGUGCCCCUAUGAAAGAAAAUGCACCUACGGGAUCAAGUGCCGGUUCUUCCACCCGGAGCGGCCGAGCCGUCCCCAGCGCUCCGUGGCAGACGAGCUGCGUGCCAAUGCCCUGCUCUCGCCCCCUAGGGCUCCCAGCAAGGACAAAAGCGGCCAGCGGCCUUCUCCGUCUCAGCCUGGCUCUGUGCCCCCAGAGCGUAAGCAGUGUAGCCUGGAAGGGAAGAAACUGGGAGCCCAGGCACCCCCAGUGUCCCACCGAGAGGGUCUGAGCCAGACCUUCGUCCCGGUGACCACAGGCAGGAGCCUCCCGCCCAGUGGGGGCAGCGGCGGCAACUUUGGGCCCACGGACUGGUUCCCACAGACCCUGGAUUCCCUCCCGUACACCUCUCAGGACUGCCUGGACUCGGGCAUCGGCUCCCUGGAGAGCCAGAUGUCGGAACUGUGGGGGGGUCGAGGAGGGAGCCCGUACGCUGGCUACAGCCCCUAUGGGGCUGAGCUCCCGGCCACUCCCGCCUUCUCUCCGGCCUUCGGGCGGGCCGUGGGUGCUGGCCACUUCAGCGUCCCUGCCGACUACGCGCCUCCGCCGGCUGCCUUUCCACCUCGCGAGUACUGGUCCGAGCCAUACCCGCUGCCCCAGCCCACCCCAGUCCUGCAGGAGCCCCGGGUGCCCAGCCCGGGGGCUGACAGGGGCACGUGGGGUGGGGCGGGCGGCCUGGCCAAGGAGCGGGCCAGCGUGUACACCAAGCUGUGUGGCGUCUUCCCCCAACGCCUGGUGGAGGCCGUGAUGGGGCGCUUCCCGCAGCUCCUGGACCCCCAGCAGCUGGCCGCCGAGAUCCUCUCCUACAAGUCCCAGCAUCCCAGUGAAUAG